GACGUCACGGAGCAGGCGGGAGCAGCGGGAAUGAGGCCGCAGUGCCGGGAGACGGAGAUCUGCGUGUGGGUGGACCUGGACGUGGCGGCCAUGGAGAGGCUCCAGGCAGCCUCAACCUCGCAGGAUCGGCGGGCGGUGCUGUCAGAGGUCCUGCCAGGGCCGCCURUCCUUCUGGAUGCCUAUGAGGGGGCCCUGGAGCUGGGCCGGGAGCUGCGGCUGAGCCCGGGGCCCCUCUCGGCCUUGCUGGGCAUCGUGCGCCGCACCAUCGCCGCGUGCGCAGAGACCCCCGUGCCUCGCCUGGAGGAGAGUUACGGCUACUUCAGGGAGCUGCUGCUGCGCCACGCCGUGCACUGCCCCCCGGCCAGCGUGGCCGUGUUUGGGCCGAGCCAGGUGGCCCGCGUGGCAGCCUACAUCCUCAACACGGUCCUUGGGCAUGCCAAGCUCUAUGCCUACGCCCUCACGGCCCAGGUCUGCCUGGACUUGACUCUAGUCUACGUGGGCGGCCCUGAGCCCGGCCUAGAGGGAGAGGAGCUGCCCGGCGUGGCCCCCGAGGAAGGAGGGGAAAGCCCCGGGCAGUGCAGCGCAGAGGCCCACUCCGUCGGCCGCUCCAUCGCUCAGCCCAUCCGCCAUCCCCUCCCACUGCUUGCCACCGGGAUAAAAGACAGGCCGGUGCCGGGGUGGCCGCGGGAGCCGCAGCCGCUCGCCAUGCGCUCCCUGGGCGCCGUGCGCGCCGGCUACGAGGCCUUCGAGSCCGGCGCCUACCUGCAGAACAGCUACGUGCCGCCGCGCGCCGACUGCUCCCCCGCGCAGCGCGUGGUGCCCUGGAAGCUGCGCYGCUUGGCCGAGGUCUUCACCGGCGGGGGGCACAAGGGGGAGGCCCAGGCCCCCCAGCCCCAAGGCUGCAUCCGCGGGCGGCGCCGCGUGUCCCCCCGUCCCCAUCCCCGUCACCGUCAGCAGCCGUUGCCACCUCGCGACCGCCGGGCUCGGAGCAGGGGGUGA